UCGUCUGUGGGCGUCGGGCUGCGCGUCGGCCUGCAGCGCAGCGCAGACGGGAGCGCACGUGCAACUCCGUCAAGUCCGAAAACGUUUGGAGCGUUUAGCGGCGCGGGUCGUGCGGCGCCGUGAGCGCGCGCAUGGACCGGCCUUUCGGCCCGGGUGAAGAGAAUGCGAAGCGGGGAGCCGCGAACGCGCCGAGGACGCGACGGGAACCCGCAGCACGAGAUGCCCCGAGCGAUGAUGACGGCGCGCGACCUCCGAAAGCAGCAGCAGCGGCGGCGGCGGGUCCGGCGCCAGAAUAAGUGAGAGGCGCGCUCCCGCGGAAGCACAUCGUCCUUAUUUUGCAUCGUCAAGUUCGCUCCGGAGACGUCGACAUCAUGCUGACGGGGUCCAAAACCUUCUUCAGAGUGCGACAGAGCGUCCCGGACGUGAAGGACAGAAUACUGAGGUAUGGAGUGGUCGACCCGGAAGGCAAAAGCGCGGUCAGCCUGCACACCUUACCAGGGGAAUGUGUCUUGCAGAGGGCUACGCUCGUCAGGAAGAAGCUCUCGGUCAGAGGAGGAGGCGGCUGGCGGUCCGGCACUCUCUUCUGCACCCACUUCCGGGUGGCCUUUGUGCCCAAGGAUAGCCCGAAGCGUGACGAAAACACAGACCUUGUCUUUCUUGAGGACCAUGACGUGGCUCUGGCCUCCAUCGAGAAGGUGGUGGCUGUGGGAGCCUCUCGGACCAAAGUCGUGACGGCAAACUCCACCCUGAAGUUCGCCCCCGAGGAGCUGCUGCUCUACUGCAAAGACUUUCAGGUCUUCUGCUUCCUGUUUGACCGGCUGACCCCCGACACACAGGUCAUGGAGAUGACCUGUGCCAUUGCCAGAGCCUACCAGCCGCCACGGCCCGGAGCUGUCCUUGCCUUUCAGAACUCUGCCAUGGGAAGUGUGGAGAUGAAGCAGUUCCUCAGCAACCGCCAGCGGGACACAAGCAUGAACUGGUUUGAGGCAGCAGCCGACUGGGAGGCGGAGCUGGAGCGGACGGGGGCCGUCGGCUGGAGGGUCAGCGGGAUCAACGAGCGCUUUGAGAUGGCGGCCAGCUUGCCCAGGUUUAAUGUGGUCCCUCAGAAGGUUCUGGAUACUGAGCUGAAGAACACCUUUGCUCAUUUCAGUGAUGGACGCAUUCCUCGCUGGUGCUGGCGCCACCCCAGUGGGGCAGACCUCCUGCGGAUGGCCAGCUUCCAGAAUGACAUCUACCACGAGAGGGACGACGUCAGGAACCUGGAGGCCCUGGUGUUCGGGGGACAGCGCCAGUGCGUGAUAGUGGAGUUGGUAGAGGAGAUGCCUACGCCAGCAGACAUCCACGUGGCUCGAACCCGCCUGCGAGCACUGUGUCUGGGGGAUGUUUCCUUGCCGGUCGCUGUGCCAGAUGACAAAUGGUUGUCCACUCUAGAAGGAACUCAUUGGUUGGACCACGUCAGGUGCUGCUUGAGAAAGGCUGCCGAAGUGUCCCGUCUUCUCAGAGAGGGUCACCUCACGGUCAUCCUGCAGGAAGCGGACGACCGGGAUUUGAACUGUGUGGUGACCAGUCUGGUACAGGUCAUGUGUGAUCCGCACUGCAGGACCGUGACGGGCUUCCAGGGCCUGGUCCAGAAGGAGUGGGUCAUGGCCGGGCACCGCUUCCUCAACCGAUUCAACUAUCACCGCGACCGCGACAAGGAAGAGGCUCCAGUGUUCCUGCUCUUCCUGGACUGUGUGUGGCAGCUGUGGGCCCAGUUUCCCUCCCAGUUCCAGCUGACGGUGGACUACCUGCUGGCACUCCACGACAGCGUCCACCUGCCGCUCUUCAGCACCUUCCUGGCCAACUGCGAGCUGGAGAGGAGUCGACACACCAAGCACCUGCCACAGUGUUACACCCCUGUGAACGGCUGGAGGGAAGGGCUGCUGCCCCCCGGCCCCAACAGCCUGCUGGACCCCCCACUGCCCCCUGUGUGGGACUGGGCCCUGCAGUACAGCAUCUGCAAGAGGGCCUGCUUCAUACAGCCCAGACCCCCUGCUGCCCCACGUCCGCCCGUCCUCAAUGGGAACCUCAACCUGAGUAAGGUCACAGACAGAGCCUUGGGGUCCGUCUUCCUGCUGUCCCACGGAACGUUCUCCUGCCCCCCUCAGCUCCUGCCCUGGAGGGCAGGCGGGGGGGCGACCCCCUACAGGAAGAGCCACCGACGCGCCCCCUCCGCCGAAGAGUCCCCGGCUCCGGAGCGACUGCUCAGGGCCUGGAACCUGACGGACGCCUCGGCCCCCACACCGCACCAGGACCCUUGGGAGCCGCUGCUGCCCCUCCUGCUGGCACCCUGUGUGGGCCUGUGGAAGGAGUGCUACUUGCGGGGGGCGCUCCAAGCCCAGGCCUGCUGCCAGCCCGAGCUCACAUCUUGCCACCUGGUGGAGCAGCUGAGCCAGGAGGUUCAGCGGCUCAAGGAAGCGCUGGCGCCGCCAUCGGCCCCUAAAGCUGCCGAUUCUGGAGGAGAGCGGAGGGUCCAGUAGGCCACAUGCCAAACCCUGCUGGAACAUUGGCGCCAGGACCAUCCUCCGGUCCAACCUGUCGACACCACCUCUCCUUUCCAGGCACAGCCAAGGACCUGAAUAAAACCUUAACACGUCAGUAGAGAGUGCUGGUGAGCGGAGUCCUCUUCUCUGAACGUCCAAUCAGACGCAGGCUACACAAACACUGCUAUAACAACUCCUGUCCCACUGGCCCUUAGAGGCGCGUCAAGCGUGGACAAAGCAGAAAUUCCGUUGACGAAACCUGGGGUUCAGCGCUAUUGAUGCGAUCGGUGACGUGACCCAGAGAGGAGCGAAGGCUUAUGUUGCAUUCAACUUAAAAAAGCAAAAUGCAGAAGUGUACUGAAUUUCAUGAAGUUUCUCUUAUUUCCAAAUAAGGUGUCCUAUAUGUCAUCUCUGCUUUUAAUCAAGUGUGUUGAAAGCUUUCUCGUUGCGUUUAAGUUGCGUACUUGUAUGCGAUUCAUCGGAACAGGUGUGACGGAACCCAAGUUUGCUGUUAUGGCCCACACCAAUUUAAGAGCAUCUUCCUUCUCGUUCAGGUGUGUGAAGUGUGUGUGCUUUCGGAAGACAUUUCACACUGAGCGCAGUGUUUCGAGCACAGUCACUUACGGUCAUGGUGCAUCUUUUUUUUUUCUUUUAAAAAAAAAACCAGUGUCAGUAUCUUUACAGAGACCAAAUCCAGUGUGUGGGUCACCCUAAAAACCCCUGCACAAUAUUCUCAAACUACUCAGUGCAAGCGUGUGCAGUCAGAGUCCAGAUAAGUCUAUAUUUAUUAUCAUUAUCAUUAUUAUCAUCAUCAUCAUCUUGUGUGUUUUCUUUUCCUAAAAAAAAC